CUUUUAACAACACUCAAACGUUUGGGAACUGAGGAGACACAUUUUUGAAGGGGAAUUCUUUCCCAUUCUUGCUUGAUGUACAGCUUAAGUUGUUCAACUGUCUCUUGCCUCAUAUUUUAGGCUUCAUAUUGCACCACACAUUUCCAAUGGGAGACAGGUCUGGACUACAGGCAGGCCAGUCUAGUACCCGCACUCUCUUACUAUGAAGCCACGCUGUUGUAACACAUGGCUUGGCAUUGUCUUGCUGAAAUAAGCAGGGGCGUCCAUGAUAACGUUGCUUGGAUGAGAACAUAUGUUGUUCCAAAAACUGUAUGUACCUUUCAGCAUUAACGGUGCCUUCACAGAUGUGUAAGUCACCCAUGCCUUGACCACUAAUACACCCCCAUACCAUCACACAUGUGUAAGUCACCCAUGCCUUGACCACUAAUACACCCCCAUACCAUCACACAUGCUGGCUUUUACACUUUGCGCCCAGAAUAGUCCAGAUGGUUCUAUUCCUCUUUAGUCCGGAGGACACCACGUCCACAGUUUCCAAAAGCAAUUUGAAAUGUGGACUUGUCAGACCACAGAACACUUUUCCAUUUUGCAUCAGUCCAUCUUAGAUGAUCUCGAGCCCAGCAAAGCCAGCAUAAUUUCUGGAUGUUGUCGAUAAAUGGCUUUCGCUUUGCAUAGUAGAGUUUUAACUUGCACUUACAGAUGUGGUGGCCAACUGUAGUUACUGACAGUGGUUUUAUGAAGUGUUCCUGAGCCCAUGCGGUGAUAUCCUUUACACACUGUCAUUUUUUGAUACAGUGCUGCCUGAGGGAUCGAAGGUCACGGCCAUGUCGCUUACAUGCUGUUACUUCUCCAGAACCUUUUGGUGAUAUUACGGACCAGAGAUUGUGAAAUUCCUAAAUUCCUUGCUGGUUGAGAAAUGUUCUUAAAAUAUUGGACAAUUUGCUGACGCAUUUGUUAACAAAGUGGUGGCCCUCGCCCCAUCCUUCUUUGUGAAUGAGUGAGCAUUCUAUGGAAGCUGCUUUUUUACCCAAUCAUGGCACUUAUCUGUUCCCAAUUAUCCUCUUCACCGGGGAGAUGUUCCUAAUAAGUGUUUGAUGAGGAUUCCUCAACUUCCUCAGUCUUUUUUGCCACUUUUCCCAGCUUUUUUGAAACAUGCUGUAAGCAUCAAAAUCCAAAUGAGAUAAUAUUUGCAAAAAAUAACAGUUUUCCAGUUGGAAGGUUAAAUCAAUCAAUCAAUCAAUCAAUGUUUACUUAUAUAGCCCUAAAUCACUAGUGUCUCAAAGGGCUGCACAAACCACUACGACAUCCUCGGUAGGCCCACAUAAGGGCAAGGAAAACUCACACCCAGUGGGACGUCGGUGACAAUAAUGACUAUGAGAACAUGCUACUGUGAAAGUUCAAUCCAUAAUGGAUCCAACACAGUCGCGAGAGUCCCGUUCACAGCGGAGCCAGCAGGAAACCAUCCCAAGCGGAGGCUGAUCAAAUUCCCAGUUGAAUAUAAGUUGAAAAGGAUUUGCAAAUCAUUGUAUUCUCUUUUUAUUUACCAUUUACACGACGUGACAACUUCACUGCUUUUGGAGUUUGUGGUAUGAAUGUAAGAAUCACUUCAAUGGUUUAAAUGUUUAAGAGUUUGAAUUUCCAGGACACCCAGAAUUUAGUUUGGAACAUGGGAAAGUGUUUGUUUGAAUGUCCAGGAUGAGUGGAUUGUGUUAAUGUUGGAUGGAAAAAUGUCCCAUUCAUUUCCAUUGAAGGUCCUGGAAUUUUGGGAAAAGUGUUUUUUUUUUUUUUUAUUGUUUUUUUUAAAUUAAUAUUAUUAUUAGGAGCAUGAAUGUCCUGAGUGAGCUGAAUUGGUUGGUUUCAGAAUUGUUUAAAUCGGUUUAAAGGGUUUGAAAAACAGGAAUUCUGGGCAAUGAUGGAAUUUUUUUGAACUUGGAAAAAUGAUAGAUUGAAUGUCCAGGAUGAGUAGAAUAUGUUGAAGGUGGAAUGGUUUGAAUCGUUGAAAAAUGUGGAAAUGUUGCAAGUCUGAAAAACGCCCAAAUCAUUUUGAAUGGGAAAAAUGUCCCGGAAAACCUGGGAAUUUGGGGAAUUUUUCAGGGGAAAGCCUGCGAUUCCCAAAUAGGCUGAACAGUUGGAAGUUGGAUCGGUUUGAAUUGGAUACAAAAUGUGGAAAGUAGACAGUGCCAAAAUCUGGAGAAGAAGAAUGAUAAAUAGAUGCAUUUUGGUGUAGAAAACCAUUUGUGAAUGUUUGGAGCACUCACACAAAUAGAUGUAUUUCUUUUUUUACUAAAUAAAUCAAAUGUGUACAAUCAAGUUGGAUUGUGUUGAAAUGUUUAUUAAACAGACUUUGUGAAUCUUUUAGUUGCCGUGAUGUGAAGCAGCCAGCAGAGGGCGCCAUCUCUCUCAUCUUUACUGGGUCUGACGUCCAUCCCGCACCUACUGAUUUUGAUCUGAUCAUUACUAUCUUUUAAACAAUAGUUUAUCAACGGUUGAUGAGGCAGUCACUAACCAUUCAAAGUCAUAUGAAGAGGAGGUGCAUCUGCAGGGGUCUGGUUGUCAUGGCAACUGUCCACCAGCACCUCGCACUGAUGACCAAGUAGGCUGAUGUGGAAGUUUGCCUCUGAAAGAAUCCAGCAGAGGGCGCUGUUGCACGUAUCCGUUUUUAAAAAAUAUUUCAAUCACGUGACUCCCUCCCUUAGUGUUGUCCUGUCUGACCCUCCACAGGUCUCCUACCUGACCUGGUGGGCGGAUCCAGCGAGGGAGAAGACGCCUUGGAGGGUUGCUAGGCAACCAGAAAGUUGCCCUCCAGGCCACAGGGCUUCCUCAGACCAUACCAACGAAGAAGGACUGAAACUAUUUGAUUUCCCAUCAUGCAGCAGGCUGACUGGGAUUGGUCAGAGAAGACGAUCUGACGCCCGCCCUCCUUCCUGCUCUAUCGCAUCGUUGCCACGGCGACGGGGCCGCUCCUCCACACCCACGCCGAUCACCCCGACUCUCUCACUGUGGACGCCAGCGAGCGAGAGAGAGAGGUGUGUGUUCUAACCCACGCACUGGAGUGGGAGAUGGCGUGCGCAUGCUCACGUGCACACACACACACACACACACACACACAGCAGUGUGUGCGUGGGUUGAAGCCAGCAGCCUUCCACUCGUCCUGCUCCUACCUCUCUCCUCAUCAGCAUCCUCCUCUUCCUCCUGCUUGAUCAGUCCAUCAUGAUGGAGAACAAGUCGCUCAUCUGCUGGGAUGGGCCGGCCAGCUCCCACAAUACCAUCUGAAGGUCCCGCUGCCGCCACCCACCCGAGGCGUCCCCACGGCUGCGUCCUUCCGAGACACCGAGCCGCCCGUCACACUGGACCAGUACCAGACUCCGACCCAGAACACUGAAGCCAUAAAGCGGUCCGGCUCUGGAUCAGUCCAGCACAGAUCGCUCACAGGAAAAGUUUGAUGGGACUGCUGCCAGUAGACACAUGCCUCUGAGUCCAGCUGCUGACACCAAACAUGAUCGCCCACGCCAACAGGCGGUUACUAACGGCAACGCGACAGGCUCUACCGUUGCCAGGGACGACGACGCGGAGGACACGCCCUCUGGAAACAGCAUUGUCGUCCGCAUCGGCAUCCCGGACCUACAGCAGACGAAGUGUUUACGGCUGGACCCAGAUUUACCCGUUUGGACCAGUAAGCAGAGGGUUCUGGUCACCUUGACUCAGUCUCUGUCGGAUGUUUUGAACUAUGGUCUCUUCCAGCCGGCGUUCAACGGCCGUGCUGGCAAGUUUCUGGAUGAGGAGCGACUGUUAAAUGAGUAUCCCCUCCCCCCUAUCACGCCAAUCCCCUACCUGGAGUUUCGUUACAAACGCAGAGUUUAUACGCAGAGUUACGUGGACGACAAGCAGCUCGCCAAGCUGCACACAAAAGCCAACCUGAAGCGUUUUAUGGAACAUGUCCACCAGAAGAAUGUGGAGAAGGUUUCCAAAUGGCUGGAAAAAGGUCUGGAUCCAAACUUCCACGACUCUGACAGCGGCGAGUGUCCGCUCACGCUGGCGGUCCAGUUGGAGGAGAGCUGCGAUCUCAUCAAAGUUCUCCGCAGCGGCGGCGCUCACCUGGACUUCCGCACCAGAGAUGGAAUCACCGCCCUGCACCGGGCCGUCUUGUGCCGCAACAGCGCCGCUCUCACGACUCUGCUGGACCUGGGAGCGUCUCCGGACUACAAGGACAGCAGAGGACUGACGCCCCUCUACCACUCCGCCAUGGUGGGUGGCGCCCCCUACUGCUGUGAGCUGCUGCUGCAGGACCACGCCAGCAUCGGCAUGACCGACGAGAACGGAUGGCAGGAAAUCCACCAGGCGUGUCGCUUUGGAAACGUGCAGCACUUGGAGCACCUGCUGUUCUACGGUGCCAACAUGAGCUCCCAGAAUGCAUCAGGAAACACCGCGCUGCACCUCUGUGCGCUCUACAAUCAGGACAGCUGUGCCAGAGUGCUGCUCUUCAGAGGAGCCAACAAGGACAUCAAGAACUACAACAACCAGACUGCCUUUCAGGUGGCCAUCAUCGCUGGCAACUUUGAUUUGGCCGAAAUCAUCAAGAUUCACAAAACCUCCGACGUUGUUCCCUUCAGAGAAACGCCAUCCUACACCAAACGCCGCCGCAUGGGAACCAUCAGGUUGCCAGCCGGAAACGGUCUCUCCUCGCCGCGCUCUUUGAUCCGCUCAGCCAGUGACAACGCGCUGGAAAGCCCCGCCUCCUCCCCCGGCCCCUCUUUGCAAAGCCUGGAAACACACCACGACACGCACACGCACUCCCUACGACGACACACUCGCAGGCUCAGUCCGAGUGGCGCCGGCGGUCAUGUGGAAACCAGCCCCCCUUCCUCCCCGCCCCCGACCCCCCAGCUAAGGAAGAAGCGGCUGUACAGCGCCGUGCCGGGGCGCACCUUCAUCGCCACGCGCUCCCACGUACCCCAGGGGCCCGGAGAGAUCCAGCUGCACCGCGGCGAGAGGGUGAAAGUCCUGUCCAUCGGUGAAGGAGGAUUCUGGGAAGGAAACGUGAAAGGAAGAACAGGCUGGUUCCCCGCCGACUGUGUUGAGGAAGUCCAGAUGAGGCAGUACGACCCCAGACUGGAGACGAGGGAGGACCGCACCAAGAGACUCUUCAGGCACUACACAGUGGGAUCCUACGACAACUACACCUCCUACAGCGACUACGUGAUCGAGGAGAAGAUGGCCGUGCUGCAGAAGAGAGAGAGCGAAGGCUUCGGCUUUGUCCUCAGAGGAGCUAAAGCUGAGACGCCCAUCGAGGAGUUCGCCCCCACCCCGGCGUUUCCUGCCCUGCAGUACCUGGAGUCUGUGGACCAAGGGGGCGUGGCCUGGAGGGCGGGGCUGCGCACAGGAGACUUUCUCAUAGAGGUCAACGGCGCCGACGUGGUGAAGGUGGGUCACCGCCAGGUGGUCGCGCUGAUCCGGCAGGGCGGCAGCCGGCUGCUGAUGAAGGUCGUGUCUGUGUCCCGCAAGUCAGACACCAACCUGAUCAGGAAGAAAGCUCCUCCCCCGCCCAAACGAGCCCCCAGUACCUCAUUGACACUCCGGUCCAAGUCCAUGACCGCUGACCUGGAGGAGAUAGCCAGGAGGAGGCGCUUUGACAAACUGGACGAAAUGUUGGCGGGAAACACACACGAAGUGGUCUUGCGCUCCCGCCCCUCUGACGACUUCAGGGCGGCCACGGUGAAACAGCGGCCCACCAGCCGACGCAUCACUCAGGCUGAAAUUAAUUCCUUGUUUGAGCGUCAGGGUCUAGUACCGCCCACCGCUCCAGGAAAGAGCACCAUGGCUUUGCCGCGAGGAAUGUCGAGAACCAAAAGUUUUGGCACGCCUGAGGACGACAGGAUCUCCGCUUUGAUCAACGAAAGUCGCUUUCCGCGGAGCUCCUCGCUGACAGACAGCUUCAUCCCGCCUCCGCCUCAGACAGCGCCACCCCCUCCCCCCUCCGCUUCCUCCACCUCUUCGCUCUUCUUGCUGGACUCCGGGCCUCCUCCCUCCUUCCUCCCUCCGCCUCCCCCCGCCAGAGGGGAGGGUUUGACCCGCUCUAGCUUUAAACCCGGGGCGGAGCCGAGGCUGCAGGAGCUGGCGGACUCGCCGUUGAGAAGCCACGCCCACGCGGAGCGCCAGAGAAAGGCCAGGUCCAUGAUCAUCCUGCAGGACACGCCCCCUCAACUGCAGGCCGAGACGCACGCAGCCGCGCCCGCCAUGCACACGCUGCACGGCUCCACGCACACUUCCACGCUGUCUCUCCACAGCCCGAGCGCCGCCCUCGGCCAUUCGCCGCUGUCACGCCGCCGUGGUCGCCCCGUAGAAAAUCCUUAUGCUAAUGUAGGCCAGCAGGCUGCGCCCACCAAACCCCAGAGGAGGAAGUCACCGCUGUUAAAACAGCUUCCUGUGGAGGAGCAAGGACUCAAAGAUCACGACGCAAAGUUGGAGGCGGGUGGACCCGGCAACCCCAGCAGGGCAGAGCUGUACCAGCAGCAGGUGCUGUCUGAGCGCGCCCGAGUCCAAGGCCGCCGCUCGUCCCUCUUCCUGUCUGUGGAGGGCUCCGGCUCCGAACACCAGGUCCCGCCUCUCCUCACGCAAAGUCACUCCAUGGACGACCUCGGGGAGCUACCCCCGCCUGCGCCGGUCCUGUCACCAUCGCCGUCGCCGCACACCUUCCUCCACCCGCUGACCGGCAAACCUCUGGAUCCUUCAUCUCCACUUGCCCUGGCUCUGGCCGCACGGGAGCGAGCGCUUACGGCACGCACGCCUAGCCCGGAGCCACGGACCAAACACACCUCUGCCUCGACCACUCCCAUUCCCACGCCGGCCGCCAGCCCAGAGGGCAGACACAAGCGCACGCCGGUCCCCACCCCGCAGAGCAGCCCCGAGCCGCGAUCCAAACGCACUACCCCUCAGACCAGCCCAGAGCAGCGAAGCAAGCGCACCACCCCUCAAACCAGCCCGGAGCUCAGGCACAAGCGCAUAACCCCGCCCCUUUUCCCCGACGGACAGGUGGAACGGCCCGAAGCCGAGGGAGGUGUGACGUCUCCCGCCGGCCCCUCCCCCGAGCGCUGGAGACCUGUCCCCCUGGCAUGCCUGGUCAAUGAAAGCCACUCUCCUCUGAUUGACAGGCGCAGGAGCUUGACCGUUGGCAGUUCAGAGGAAGAGGGCGGAGCUUACACCGUAAAACUCCCGCCCGCCUUGCUGUCGUCUAGUGACGAGGAGACGAGGGAGGAGCUGCGCAGAAUAGGCCUGGUGACGCCACCCGCCGCUUUUGCCAGCCCCCCGACCUCACUCACCUUGUUGCCGCGGCGAAGUGGCGAGGGCGGGGGCAGCGCUCCCGACUCUUUGGGGAGGAGAGGCGAGGAAGACGAGGGUGACGAAGAGCGUCUCCAUGACAGCUCCUCUCCCAGCUCCCUUCCCCCUUCCAUCACCUUGGCCUCGCCUCCCGCUCCCUCGUCCCCCUCCUCGCCGCCCGCUUCUCACACCGUCACCUCCCCGUCUGCCCUCAAACCUCGCCUCCGCUCCCCCAUUGGGCGAGGCCGCUCAGCCCUCAGGGACCCCCUCCUUAAGCAGUCGUCUGACAGCGAGCUGCUCCCCUCGGCCGCUUCCUCCUCGCCGACCUCCCCGCUCUUGUGCUCCCCCACCGGCGGACGCCAGCCUCGCUACCUCUUCCAGAGGCGCUCCAAGCUGUGGGGGGGCGGCGAGGACCGUAUAGACGACCGGCAAGGGUUUGGCACGGAGGAGGGCGGGGGCCGGCCGGCGGCCCUAGGGGGUCAAGGGUCGGGCUCGCCGACAGACCUUAGCGGGCGGUCGGCGUCGGCGUUGGAGCUGAGCGGCCGGGCGGGGUCAGGUCUCGACCUCGCCAACAGACUCCAACUGCUCAACAAGGACAGCCACUCCCUGGGGGAGGAGCCAAGCCCUCUAGACCCAGGACGCAGGUCGCCAGUAGGCGGGGCCAGGUGUGUGGACGGUGGUGAAAGAAAAUCGUUGUUCUCCAGUCUGGGCGAGCUGCACACCAUCUCCCAGCGAGGGUACGGCACCACCUACACGGUUCGACCAGGAAGCCGUUACCCUGUCACACGUAGGAGCCCCUCCCCUUCGCCCUCACCCUCCGAUAGGUCAACGGGGCUGGGCUCCUCCCACUCGCCGUGCUCCGACAGGCCAGACCUGAGCUCAGGUCGAGGUCUGACCAUCCUCAAGUCCUCCAGUCUCAGUCUACCCUCGGAACCCAAGGAGGUCCGCUUUGUCAUGCGCAGCGCCAGCGCUCGAACCAGGUCCCGCUCCCCGUCGCCCUCCCCCCACGCCUCGCCCUGCCCCUCGCCGGUCUUGAGCGGACCCCUGCUGGCCCUGCGACCGUGGAGGCAGCGUCCUCUCAGCCUGUGGAACAAAUACGACGUGGGCGACUGGCUGGAGAGCGUGGGCCUGGCCGAGCAUCGCCAACGCUUCCAGGAGCACGAGAUCGAAGGCUCGCAUCUUCCCGCCCUCACCAAGGACGACUACGUAGAGCUGGGCGUCACCCGACUGGGCCACCGCAUCAACAUCGAGCGGGCCCUCAGACAGCUGCUGGAGGGCUCCACUUGACCCCUGUGACCUCCUAACCUUGGAGACAGCAGGUGACCUGAGGGGGGGGGGCGCCCUCUCGUCUCGUCAGCUCUUUCAUCAAACGGUGAAUUACAGCUGAGCUCCUUUUACAAGCACAAACCUUCCAAGUAAGUAACACCUGACUGAUGCUCCUCACUGUCUAACAUACCUUAGCUUAGCUUAGCCUAGCCUUAGCAACUGAGCUAAUUCCACUUUGAUCAAAGAGCUGAUUUUUUUUUUCUCUCCAAUUAUUGAAGAGUGUUUUCCUUUUUGACUUUCUAUCUUACUUAGCGCUGACCAUUUAGCAUCAAUCAUGUGCUUGUGAUGACGUUUGACGGUGGACUUUUUUGUUGUGUUGCCUGAUUGACUGAUGGUGCUAUGUGUUCCCGCCAAGCAUCUCGUCCAAUCAAAAAGGGGUUUCCUCUCUGCCAUAAGGGUUCGCUUUGAUCCCGCCAUACGUGGAGAUUCCUCCCUGCUUGCUCAAAUCUUUUCUUUUACUUUGCAAAAAAAAUGCUUAUUCUUUUCCCCUCCACAUGCUCGCCCUGCUAGGAAGAGUAUGUCCGUCCAGCGAGCUCUCAUUUUAUUAUCAUUUUCACUGUUAUGUAGGUAGGCCAUCACUCCAGUGGAAGAAAUAAUGGAAGGACAAGCAGAAACCUAGUUCAGCUUAGCCUAGCCUAGCGCAAUAAAGCGUACAAGGAAGCACUACCGUAUUUUCCAGACCGUAGGGCGCACCGGAUUAUAAAGCCCACUGCCGAUGGAUGGUCUAUCAAUCAAUCAAUCAAUCAAUCAAUCAAUGUUUAUUUAUAUCGCCCAAAAUCACAAGUGAUCGUGACUGCGUGGGUUCCCUCUGGCUACUGCAGCUUCCUCCCACCUCCAAAGACAUGCACCUGGGGAUAGGCCCCUCCCACCUCCAAAGACAUGCACCUGGGGAUAGGCCCCUCCCACCUCCAAACACAUGCACCUGGGGAUAGGCCCCUCCCACCUCCAAACACAUGCACCUGGGGAUAGGUUGAUUGGCAACACUAAAUGGUCCCUAGUGUGUGAAUGUUGUCUAUCUGUGUUGGCCCUGUGAUGAUGUGGCAACUUGUCCAGGGUGUACCCCGCCUUCCGCCCGAAUGCAGCUGAGAUAGGCUCCAGCACCCCCCGCGGCCCCAAAAGGGACAGGCGGUAGAAAAUUGAUGGAUGGCUGGAUAAAUCAUUAGUGUCUCAAAGGGCUGCACAAGCCACAACGACAUCCUCUGUUCAGAUCCCACAUAAGGGCAAGGAAAAACUCACAACCCAUCUACUAUUGAUCUUUUUUUAUUGAUUGGGCGCAUUAAAGGAGUCAUAGUAUUAUUAUUUUUUUGUGAAUGGAAAAUACUUCCUAACAUAGAUGAUGGAUAGAUGGAUGGAUGGGUGGAUGGAUGGAUGGAUAGAUAGAUGGAUGGAUGGAUAGAUAGACGAAUGGAUAGAUAGAUAGAUAGAUGGAUGGAUGGAUAGGUCUUUAUUGUCAUUGCACAAGUACAACAAAACUUUGUUUUCAGCACAAACCCGUUCGAGAUGAGACAAACAAACAGUGUAGAGGGUUACAGAACAAGAACGCUGAUGGGCCGCCACGAGACGCCCCGUAAAAGACGGGGAAAAAGGUAAAAAGCUGGGGAAGGAUGAGUAAAAAAAUACAAUCUAGACUGGGCUCUUAAAAGCCUACUGAAAUGAGAUGUUCUUAUUUAAACGGGGAUAGCAGCUCCAUUCUAUGUGUCAUACUUCAUCAUUUGGCGAUAUUGCCAUAUUUUUGCUGAAAGGAUUUAGUAGAGAACAUCCAGGAAAAAGUUGGCAACUGGAGAAAAGUCCUGCCUCUACCGGAAGUCUCAGACGAUGACGUCACAUGUUGAUGACUUCUCAUAUAUUCACAUUGUUUUUAAUUGGAGCCUCCAACAAAAACAGCUAUUCAGACAGAGAAAACGACAACUUCCCCAUUAAUUUGAGCGAGGAUGAAAGAUUGGUGUUUGAGGAUAUUGAUAGCGACGGACUAGGAAAAAAAAAAACGCGGUUGCAUUAUUUUUAGAGACAUUUACUAGGAUAAUUCUGGGAAAUCCCUUAUCUUUCUGUUGUGUUGCUAGUGUUUUAGUGAGUUUAACAGUACCUGAUAGUCAGAAGUGUACGUCCACGGCCGGGUGUUGACGCACAGUGUCUCGGGGAAGUCGACGGCAGCUGUAUGGACGGCACAAGCUCAGCUGAUAUCCAGUAAGAGGCGACUUUUUAACCUCAAUUUUCUCACCCAAACCUGCUGGUUGACAUGUAGUCGGGAUCCAUGUCCGCUGUGAUCCAUAGUAAAGUUUCACCUCUGUGAAUUUUAAACAAGGAAUCACCGUGUGUUUGUGUGGCUAAAGGCUAAAGCUUCCCAACUCUGUCUUUCUACUUUGACUUCUCCAAUAUUACUUGAACAAAUUGCAAAAGAUUCAGCAACACAGAUGUCCAAAAUACUGUGUAAUUAUGCCGUUAAAGCAGACGACUUUUAGCUGUGUGUGUGUGCAGCGCUCAUAUUCAUAACAGCCCGUGACGUCACGUGUACACGUCAUCAUUACACCACGUUUUUAAGAAAAAAGUUCCGGGAAAUUUAAAAUUGCAAUUAAGUAAUCUAAAGCGGCCGUAUUGGCAUGUGUUGCAAUGUUAAUAUUUCAUCAUUGAUAUAUUGUCUAUCAGACUGCUGGUGGGUAGUAGUGGCUUUCAGUAGGACUUUAAAGGGGCCCAGUCUGGAGUGGGGGGGAAAAAAACUCCAUAGCAAAGCACAUAUACAUAUUACAGUUUAUAUUAUUAUUAUUAUUUGUAUUAAAGUUUGUCUAAGUCUACAACAUACAUCACAAGAUAUCUGGCAACAGAGUCAUGGAGGCAGGCCGCAGCUCUCAGGAAGGGAGUUUGUUGUGUGCUUGUCCUUCGGGAGAGUCUUGAAGCCAGGGAAACAAUCCAAGUUAAAAUAUUUUGUAUGUGAGUGAAAAUAAAAUUUGCUUUUCACUCUAAAUUGUCUAUGACUGGUCCUCAAACCUGCGAGGCAGACAGUCCAAUGUGAUCCAAAAUCACAAGAGUGUCCACAGUUUUUCCCGAGUCCUCCAAUCAUUUGUGGCAUCUCUGGGGUACUUUGAAGACUGCCAGCAACUUCCAAUGUUUCGACAAACCAGAGCAACGCUUCCGGCAAUCAGCAGUUGUCCUGUUGUCAUCAUUCCAAAUUGGUGGAUAUCUUCACGUCCUCGACAAAAAAGGCUCGCCAGGCACGCGGCACUCCUUCUUUUCCCAAGAGUGCUUCGCGUGUCCGGCAACAAGAGCUCCGUCACGACAAGCAGGUUCCCCCAAACCCAAGAUCUUGUCAAUUUCAUUGAGGCCAGUUAAAUAGUUCCUAUGUUGAUUUGGAGAGCAGUGCAAAAAGGGGCAACAAGAAAGUUAAGACAAGACAAAGAAGCAAGCAGGAGAGAUAAGGGGAGCGUCCGCCCUCCAUGAGUGCCAGUGAGGAAGGUGCUGGUUCUUUGGUCAACACAUCACCUUCGACAGCGUCUUCUCCCCGUCGUCUUUGUUGUAGCGGUGUAGCGUGCAAGGACGGGAGUGGAAGAAGUGUCAAAAGAUGGCGCUGACUGUUUUAAUGACAUUCAGACUACACUUCAAUCAAUAACGGAGCAGCGUCUCCUCAUCAGGAAACAACAACACCGGAAAUGUGUCGCAUGAAAAACCGUCCGACCGGAACUCUCCCGUAACUAAAGUUCCUUGGGUGCAUAAUGUAAACUCACUACACCGGUAUGUUUUAGUGCAUUCAUGGCGAGUUUACUGACAGAUAUAGUUAAGAACUUUACACUACUUUAUAUGACAAAUGGCAACAGCGGAGGAUGAAUGUCACAUAACAAGAAGAUAGAGAAAAAGAAGAAGCUUAUCGACUACAAAGGGGGAUGCGCGCAAUUUUUCAGGAUUCAUGCAGAUACCAAAUACAGAUCAGCAGGGGCCAGAAGGUAACAAAAGUUGCUUUUGCAUAUAAUUGCGAAGCAAAACACCAGAUAAUAUGUCUUACCUUAUACACACAACAUAAUAAUCCUCCUAUAUUGAAGCACAUUAAAUGGUGCAGCCUACACUUAUCUCUUAUGUUUGACUGCCAUCUACUGGUCACACUUAUCAUUUCACCAUGUACCAAAUAAAAUAGCUUUGAGGUCAGUUAGCACAACCAAAAUGUUUAUGUACAUUAAUACAUAAUCUCAGUACAUUAGUACAUAUAUAUGGACAAAAUAAAAUUGCUUCAAGGUGGGUAAGCUCAACCAAACGUAUUCUUUAUUCCUUACAUUAGGCGCACUGUCGACUUUUGAGAGGGGGAAAAAGGAUUUUAAGUGCGCCUUAUAGUCUGGAAAAUACGGUACUUUUUUGUCCUUGUGCUAAGUGAAAUGCUACAUCAAAGAAGCUUCUGGAAGAUGUUAUCGUGACCAGGAAUAAAACUAGGUGUUGUGCUAAAAUGUCAUUUCUGGACACAGUGAGUGGAGUGUUGCCCUCCACGCCAGCAGCCGCGCUUUCUGUCCAGUGUCUUGCGCGGGUCUCCAACAAUCAGUGAGAGGCCAUAGCGGGACGAGCCCAGCAAGACACGGGGACAGAGAUACCAUGAAGACAGCAAGACGCUACUUGUGGGUCGGAGGUCACGUUACAUCAUUACAACAUGUAGCUGAUUAUGUGAUCUCAAUAUCUUAAUAAGCAAUAGUCUCCUCCAUUGAUUAACACUUAACUAUUGUUUCUUUCUAGAAGGUUGUUGUUGGACCGAGUGACAACGUGUGUAACCUUUCUAAUAAAGGCUCAUUUACUACA